AGAAAAGAAAGUGUAGAGGAGGAAAAGGGGAGAGGAACCAGAGAGCGGGGAGGAGAAAUGGAGCCAGGGAGGGAAAAGAGAAGCAAAGAGUGAGGGAGUGGAGCCGGCAGGAGUCUCUGAGCGCACACACAGACACACAAACACACAGGAGCGCUCGCAUUCGCACCAGCUGUGCUGUUGUCAGUCCUGGAAUGUAAGCUCUGCCGUGAGGAGGCAGAUUCUCCGGCUGAGGAGCUGCACUCAGAUGGAUGCUAAGCUGUGAAAACCAAAGAGCUCCACAGGACAUCAGGAGAGGAAUACAAUGACUCAAUCUUCUCGCGCUGAUCCUCUCAGAAGCUUCUCUCCUUACAUUUGAAGUCACACAGCUUGGAUACCAUGAGAACCAAUCAGGCUCUGCUUGUCCUGAUGCUCUCCGUCCUGUGGCCCAGCACUGCCCUCCCUUUCACCACUGGGAAUAUUGAAAAUCUGUUUGGGAAGCCGGAGAGUGAUGGUCGGGUUCUCCAGCGCUCCAAACGUGGAUGGAUGUGGAAUCAAUUCUUUCUGCUGGAAGAAUACACAGGAAACGACCACCAAUACGUGGGAAAGCUGCACUCCAACAUGGACAAAGGUGACGGCACCGUGAAGUACGUCCUGACCGGAGACGGGGCGGGAACCCUCUUCCUGAUCGACGAGAAGUCCGGCGACAUCCACGCCACCAAGAGGCUGGACCGGGAGGAGAAGGCCAUGUACACGCUGCACGCCAAAGUUCUGGACAGGAACACCAACGCCGAGCUGGAGCCGGACACCGAGUUCAACAUCAAGAUUCACGACAUCAACGAUAACGCUCCAAAAUUUGCAAAGGAAAUUUUCUUUGCCAGCGUUCCAGAAAUGUCUGAAGUCGGUACGUCGGUUGUCACCAUAACUGCGACUGACGCUGAUGAUCAAACCUACGGGAACAGCGCCAAGCUGGUGUACAGCAUUCUGCAGGGACAGCCCUACUUCUCUGUGGAUUCGGAAAACGGCACCAUAAAGACAGCCCUACCUGGCAUGGACAGAGAAGUGAAGGAAAACUACCAGGUGGUGAUCCAAGCCAAGGACAUGGCAGGACAGAUGGGAGGACUUUCAGGAACCACCACCGUCAGCAUCACCCUCUCGGACGUCAACGACAGUCCGCCGCGCUUCGCCAACCAUUCCUUCCGCAUGACUGCUGUGGAGUCGACGGAGAUCGGUGGCGCCGUGGGCCGAAUCAGAGCUGAUGAUCCAGAUGUGGGUCGUAACGCCGAGAUGGAGUACACCAUCGUUGGGGGUCACGACACUUUCAACAUCAUCACUGAUCAAAUGACACAAGAAGGAGUCGUCAUCAUUAAGAAAACACUGGAUUAUGAAAGCAAGCGGGAAUAUGAGUUCAGAGUGGAGGUGAGAAACACCUACCUGGACGCCAGGUUCAUUCACGGUCUGCAAUUCAAAGACUACGCCACGGUCAAGGUGACGGUGGAGGACGUGGACGAGCCCCCUCUGUUCGGCAUGAACCCCUACAUCAUCGAGGUGCACGAGGAUACAGCUGCCGGCAGCUUCGUGGGGGUGGUGUCGGCCAGGGACCCCGACGCCGACGACAAGCCCGUCAAAUACUCCAUUGAUCGGCACACCGAUCUGGAGCGGCUGUUUAACAUCGACUCUGUGAACGGCACCAUCACAACCCUGAAGGCUUUGGACAGAGAAAUGUCCAAGUGGCACAACAUCUCUGUGGUGGCUACAGAAAUAAACAACCCUCGACAGACCACCCGCGUGCCCGUGUUCAUCAAAGUGCUGGACGUCAACGACAACGCCCCCGAGUUCGCCAUGUCCUACGACACGUUCGUCUGUGAGAACGUCAAAGCAGGACAGCUCAUUCAGACGAUAAGUGCUGUCGACACAGACGAGCCUCUCGUUGGACAACACAAGUUUGUCUUCAGUAUAAGUGCCUCCAACCCAAAUUUUACAAUCAUUGACAGAGAAGACAACACUGCCAAUAUCCUGACCAGGAGGGGAGGGUUCAGCCGGCGGGAGAUGAGCAUGUACUUCCUGCCAGUAGUGAUCUCUGACAACGACUACCCCAUCCAGAGCAGCACCAGUACACUUAUUGUGCGUGUGUGUGCCUGUGACAGCCGUGGAAACAUGCAGACGUGUAACCCUGAGGUCCUGCCCUUCUCAGACGGCCUCACGACUGGAGCUCUGGUGGCCAUCCUGCUCUGUGUCAUCAUUCUGCUGAUGAUCGUGGUGCUGUUCGCUGCCCUGAGGAGACAGCGGAAGAAGGAGCCUCUGAUCAUCUCCAAAGAGGAUGUCAGAGACAACGUUGUCAGCUACAACGAUGAAGGCGGAGGAGAGGAGGACACGCAGGCCUUUGAUAUCGGCACACUGCGCAACCCAGAGGUGAUGGAAACUAACAAGCUACGCAGGGACAUCAUCCCCGAAAUGCUGUUUCCUUUUCGGAGGACAUCGCCCAUAAAGGAUAACGCGGAUGUGAGAGACUUCAUCAACGGGAGGCUUCAGGAGAACGACUCGGACCCGACGGCGCCCCCUUAUGACUCGCUGGCCACGUACGCUUACGAGGGCACUGGCUCGUUGGCCGAAUCCCUCAGCUCGCUGGAGUCCGCCGCCACUGAGGGCGACCAGGAUUACGAUUACCUCAGCAACUGGGGACCGCAGUUCAAAAAGCUGGCAGAGUUGUACAUAGGGAGGAGCCCCGAUAGAGAGACCUAGACCAGCUAUUAGUCUCUCUCUCUCUCUCUUUUGCCCAAAACCAUCUUCAGUGUCCGUUUAACUUGCUAGCAUGACAGCUAGUUAGUUAGCUAGCCAGCUAGUCGACUGUCUGUCUACUUAUCUAUCAAACUAUCUGUUUGUCUAGUUUGCUAGCUAGUUAACGGGUUGUCUCUUUGAUUUAGUUGUGUGUGCACAAGCACAAACAGGCGUGCACGCACACGUAACUCCGCGACCUUCAUGUGGAUGGAAACCAAGACCUGAACUGAGCUUGAUUUUUUCAUUCAUGGACUAAAUCUAUAAAUCUUGCUGUCUUUGGUCAUAAUCAGUAAAGAUGCCUUUAAACUUUAGGAUUUUUGUGAACAAUGGUGUGGACAAUGUGUUUUGUAUUCAACCUGAGAGAUAGUAGUAUUGUAUACUAUCGGUGUUCGUUGGUACUGGCUUGGUAUGGGGGGGUGGGUUGUUAGAAAGGCUUUUCCAGCCAACUCCAUUAACUGCUGUAAAUGUACAUAGUGUUUUUAAAUGAUGGACAUCCUAUAAUAAUAUUUGCUAUCUCUGUUUGACAAGCAAUGUUCAUGUGAAUGGUUGGUGCAGUUUAUUUGUCAAACUGUGAAUUCAUUUCAUCAUAUAGGUGUAACAUGUAAUGGAAAGUGUAUGUCGUAGGAAACUGUCAUACACGGAUUUCAUGCUGUUUGAAUGCCAGGUCAUACUGUUUUAUAUUUAUAUUUUUAUACUUAUUUUUCUAAUAAAAUAAUAUGUAAAAAAGGA